AUAAGGAUAGGGUUGGGGAUCUCACCCAUCCAAUGAGAGACCAGUGUUCCGACACCUCACUUCAAACUAGAUUCUACUUCUUCCUCACGUUGCAUCCUUUUCCGUUUCCGAUAUAGACUCUCCCGAGUCCUUCGUCUGCUCCAUUCUCCUCCCCGCGUGCUCGAGUGAGAACUGCAGCAGGAACGACAAUGGCACUGGCUUCUGCCCCUCCCAUGGCCAGCCAGUUGAAGAGCAGCCUUCUCUUUUCCUGCAGGAGCAGUAGGCGUCUUGUCAUCCCCAGAGGCCUGUCGGCCACACCACUCAGAGACCUGCACUCCAGGAAGAAGCUUUGUCUCACGGUUAGAGCCAUCCAAGCAGAGAAGCCAACUUACCAAGUGAUCCAGCCGAUCAACGGCGACCCCUUCAUCGGAAGCCUGGAGACGCCGGUGACAUCCAGUCCGCUGAUCGCCUGGUACUUGUCCAACCUCCCUGCCUACCGGACCGCCGUGAGCCCGCUCCUUCGCGGCGUCGAGGUGGGCCUCGCCCACGGCUACCUCCUCGUGGGGCCCUUCGUUAAGGCCGGGCCCCUCCGCAACACCGAGAUCGCCGGAGCUGCGGGAUCGCUGGCCGCCGCCGGCCUCGUCGUGAUCCUCAGCAUCUGCCUGACCAUGUACGGGGUUGCGUCGUUCAAGGAAGGCGAGCCGUCGACGGCGCCGACGCUGACGCUGACCGGCAGGAAGAAGGAGGCGGACAAGCUACAGACGGCCGAGGGGUGGGCACAAUUCACGGGCGGGUUCUUCUUCGGAGGGAUCUCCGGCGUCGUCUGGGCUUACUUUCUUCUUUAUGUACUCGACCUCCCCUACUACAUCAAGUAGAUUAGCCGCUGCGUGUGUCUCAAGCCUGUGCUUUAAAGUGUUCGCUCGGAGAACUCCUUCCAGGAAUUGUAUAUUUGAAGAAGAUUGAAUUAUGAAGAGACACAUGACCUGCUUUUCUUUGCCCUCUAAGGGCGUA